GUUCGUUCGUUCGUUCGUUAACGGACACCGAGGUCCCGGCCCCUGAGGGCAGAUGCUCUGUCCAUAAAAGCGCUUGUGAGAGAUCUGGUGCUCUUGCGGCCACUGCUAAGGUGGGAGCAGGUGGGCAGCCAUGAUUGCCUUUUUGAGAGAAGUCCGCUACUCGUACUACACGGUGAGAUCUGCACACACAUGGAUGGACAACAGAGGCGAUGGAUGAAUGCAUUUCGUUGCUGAUCUGCCUGCUGCAGCACGGUGUCAUAGCUGCCGCCUUCGGCGGCUUCGCCUUCUUGGCACCCUCGCUCUUCGUGGCCCUCGGCAAAGCCAACGCGCCCGCAGACAGUCACGAGCACCACCAAAUGACCGAGUUGUCCAUGCUAUAUGGCGCUUUGCUGAUGACCCAGUCGGUGCUAUUUUUCACCUUCGCGAAGAACAGCGAGUCGCUGAUAUCUCUCGGUAUCAAGCGGCGGAUCAGCGGUGCUUACUGUGUGUUUUGUCUGCUGUCGCUGGGGGUGUGUUUGAGGGCGCUGUUUGUGACCAAGAGCAGCGAGGAUGUGAGCGGGGCGAGCGCCUUUGCGCUGCUGGCCUUGAUGCAUGGCUAUCAUGCUCUCACAGAGGGAGGCGGGGCGGCCAAGAAGACGUGAACUGAGGGAGGGAGGGAGGCAGGCAGGCAGCUUGUGGUGUGCCCAGUUUACGAUAUAGGUCAGUCAGUUCAUGUGUGAGCCGUCGUCAGCAGGCGAUGGACAGCUCGCUAGUCUCUCUGUCCUGGUCUCUCUCUCUCUCCCUCUGUGUGUGCGUAUGUGUCUGUGUCAUGACCUCAGCUGUACACUCGGC